AUGGGCAAUAUUUUGCUCCCUGAGCUGUGCCCAGGAGGUCACUGUGUAUCAAUCACUCCCUUAAAGACUGAUCCUAUUUCUUGUGAAGAAGUCUUGCAUUACUUUAAAUCAAAAGACAUGAAUAAAUAUAUGAAUAGUAUCAAACCAGUUAAACAGAGGAAAGGUUUUGAUGCUCUUAGGCAUUGGAUAAUAGGACCUCCUAAGCUUCAUGAAAACUUAAUUCCUGAUAGAAAUGUAUUUUUUGCCAUAGCAAUGUGCCCUUUUAACACAAGUGAGGAGGUGCAUAUGAGAGUGUUGCAAACGCUUUACAAAGCACUUACAUAUACAGAUAAAGACUGUCCACGAUAUGGACCACAUUGGGAGGAAAUCGGAUUUCAAGGCAUUGAUCCUGGAACUGAUUUAAGAGGUGUUGGAUUUCUAGGGCUAAUACAUUUACUUUAUCUUGCCUUAAACCCCACUACUUUAGAACUCACCAGGGAGAUAAUGCAACUGUCUAAAACAGAGAAUCAAAAUUUUCCUUUUUGCACAAUGGGUAUAAAUAUGACAAGAGUUGUAUUAGAAGUCAUGCGUGAAGAAGUUCUGAACAGAGAAUGCAAUGGAAAAAUGGAUGUUUUUCAAGUUACUAAUGAUUUUUAUGCGGGAGUGUUUCUUCGGUUGCAGUACAUUUGGACUGAGCAAAAAAAGACAAUCAUGGAUUCUGGUUACGUUAUAAAAG